AUGGACGACAUCGAGUUCGACUUCGAGAGGUCGCUGGCCUCUCAACGGCAACAGCAGCAGCAGCCACCUUCUACCAGCAGACUCUAUGAGAAUGCUUCGGGAGGGAAGGGAACGGAACGCCCGCGUAAUUACAGACAGACCGUGUGCACAUACUGGCUGCGAGGACUCUGCAUGAAAGGCGAUGCCUGUGGUUUCCUGCACCAGUUUGACCCAGCCCGCAUGCCGGUGUGCCGGAACCUGCUGAAGAAUGGGGUGUGCAAGGAUGUGGACUGCCCCUACAAGCACAGCAUGGAGGAGAUCAAGGAGUGCAACAUGUACAAGCUCGGAUUCUGUAUCUACGGCCCAGCGUGCCGGUUCAAGCACACCCGGCUCGCAGGCCCCCCCGCGGAGCCCAACCAGCUGGAGGCCGCCAAGCCCAAGGAGUUUAGGAACGUGAGCAUCGUGGCGGAUCAGGCCAACCGCGGCAUCCACUUGCUGGGACCCCACGGUCGGCCGCGGGACCUCAACCUGCCGGCGCUCACGGCCGGCCCAGGCACGGCGCCGAGGUCCAGGGCCAUGGUGCCUUCGGGUGCCGUUCGAUGA